UGCUUUAGAACUAGCGCAGGUUAUGGUUAAUUCUACGUCUCCAACAAAGUCUUGGUACUCGCUGCUUUUCUUUUGUGUUACGGUGUUGUGUUCUUUCUCUACACACGCCUCACAAGUUAACGUUUUUGUUUCACUCUCCUCACAGGCGAACCAACAAAAUCUGGUUCAACAGCAGCCAACUUUCAUCGUGGUCUGAUUGAUUUCAAAGCACUGUUUACUGGUGGCAAGGAUAACACCACAAUUAUCAAAGAAGUUCAUAGUGAUGAAUUAUACACAAUUGAAAAGUAUCAAGAAGUUUUGGAUAAAAAAGCUCUAAGCCCUGAUCUUCGAACAUUGUUACAGCAACAACUUCAAAAGAUCAAAGAUCAAAAUAAAGCUGUUGAAUCAAUGGAUUAA